AUGAUUGGAACUAAUAUUGGUAUAUUAGCUUACAUCAUAGAGCAAGUAGCACACACAAACUCUUUAGAUAUUUUCAACCACCUAGGCCAAAUUAUGUUUUAUAUCGGAUCAGCUGCAAAUUUAGUGAGAUCAAUUAGUGUUGAAAUUGAACAAGGAGUUUUUAACCUUACAAGAGACUCUGAAUAUUUAAAUCAAACUAUAUCAGAGCUUUCAGUUUUGCAAGAAAAUGUAUUGAGUGACAAGUCACAGUGAAGCUAUUGCCCAAGCUCUAAAAUUGUUAUAGAAAAUAUUAUUCCUAUAUGGGAAUUUGACAUGGGAAAUCCUUACCUAAAAAAAUACAACCUUUAUGAUGCAAUGACCAAUUUUAUUCAGCAUGUAAAUAGUAUUUAG